AUGAGUACCACAUCGACGCACCAGCGGACCCCUUCUCCUGCUCAUCCCGUGCGCACCAUCACGGGUGAGGACGCCUCUGAGGAUGUCACUGUCUCGAUGAGAUACCAUGGCAGGCUGUUUAUCAUUGACCUGUCGCUUUCCAACUUUAGUAACUCACCAAACGCUACCAAACAGUACUUGAAGAACAUCGAACCAAUCUUGCCAGACAACGACGGGGAGUUUGACGGCAUCACCGACACAGAGGCGUUCGAAUGGCUAGCAAACAUUUUCGAGCCCAUUUUCUCGCGGCUUGCGCCAGACUUUACACCUUCUUUUGACCCGGUCAAGAUUUCUAACGGUUUAUCCAAACCGCUUCUCUCCGAGUGCUUAUUCCCCGAGACCUUCGGUUGCAGACUGGACGCCGAAGACGAGAAGUUCAUCCCAGUUCAUGUCGAUAACGAAGGCAGUCUCGUUAAGCCGCUCUCGUUUCUCGACGGCGAUCUUCUGGACGAUCUUGAGGCGUGGACGCGCUUCUUUGAACCCUCAGAGCUCGAGGUCGUUUUCCAGCGGCCCGAACAGGCGCUCUAUCGGAUGCCAGAGCUUGUGCUCGCAGACCUAGACAAGUCCGGCCACAAGACGUUGUGUUUCUUCAAGCACUUUGGGCUCGCAUCGGAAAAUCCGAUGACGCAUGAGCUCUCGGUGCAUAAGAAAGUGCACGAUGCAAAGCUGGGGCCAGACGUGCGGGUGAGCCGGCUGCAGGGAAUCGUACACAUUCAGGACGAGGAUGCCACGCUGGGCCUGCUCCUUUCGUUGGUGGAUCAUGAAGAGGGCAUGACGCUGCAAUCUGCCCUCUACGAUGAUCCUUCUCAAAAUUUGAGAGAACGUUGGGCGAAGCAGGUCAAACACACGGUCGAGGAGCUACACAGGGCAGGAGCCGUCUGGGGAGAUGCCAAAGCUGACAAUGUUCUCAUUGACAAGGAUGGCAAUGCCUGGGUUAUUGAUUUCGAAGGUGGAUAUACUGGAGGCUGGGUUGAGAAGGAUGAGGCCGGCACAAAAGAAGGGGAUUUGCAGGGACUGAGAAAGAUCCUGGAUUUGAUAUCGAGCAAGCCUACUGAUUAA